GCACUCGUCAUUCGAUUCUCCAGGCAAUUUCAUCUCAUACGGAUCGGGCAUUGACAGUCCCAUUGAUCCCACUCCCUAGGAUGACCCGACCGGUCCGGCGUGCGCAGUGCGACAGCUGAGCUUCCCCUCGACUGCCCGCCGUCAUGGCGCUGUCGGCCACCGCCUGGGGGGUUUGGGACAUCGACGACAAUGCCAGUCGCCGCGAGAGACCCGGCUUGUUUCUUCCAAAUCGCAAGCUUCGACACCUGCAGGGCAUUUCCGUCCGUAAUCUCGUCGUCAGCCCCCCAAGCCGACCUCGCGGGAAAACCAUCGACGACGAAGAUGUACCCAACUCUCUACACACGCCGUUAAAGUCGCUCGCCGAGGAUACACCCAGAUCCUUACACCAAUCGCGCUCCUUCACCGAUCUCAAAUCCUCCGCAGCCGGCGAGGGCCGUCCCAAGAGAGAGCAGCCACCCCCGUUGCGACAAUGGCACAGGAGAAACACGCUACCCUGGAAUGCCCCUGAUCCGCGCGCGCGGCAGGUGAAGCUGGAGGAAAUAACGAGUAGUCGCAUGGCCGAUACCUGGUUUUCGAUCCAUUGUGACGAGGUCGAUGAGCCGGUCUACGUGAGUGAGGUUGUCGAUCAUGCCACCAAUCCCAGCUUUCGGGCUUUCGAUCUGAACAUUUGUGGACCGUUAGUCUCUCGCAUGAAUCAGAUCACUGUGAAGAUUUGGGCCCGGACUGCAGCGAUGGAGGAGUAUCUACUGUUGGUCGAGUUGCAGCUGUGUCUGCAGUCAUUACAGUAUCUGGGCAAAUCGCUCGAUAACUUCCACCAACCCCUUCCGCCCAAUUCUAUCUUGUUCCACUUUGCGGAUGGCGUCUAUACGAAUUUAACCGACAUUCCCCCGGUCGUGACUCCUUUGCCUACCCGCCACCCCCGAUCGGCCGAUGGGGCCACGGUCCCGACCUCGUCAUACGAUGCGCUGAUGCGACUGGCCAACUUGGAUGAGUGCAUUCAGGAUGCACUCACGACCCGAGACAAGCUGGAGUCGGAGAUUAGCUCGAUACUGGAGCAGAACCAGCGUGCUCUGGCCACGACCAGUGGUGCUUCCCGGGCUCGGGAUAAACUUGCGCUCACAAAGCAUGCGGUCGCGACAGAGCGGAAGCAGUUUCGCACCGCAGCAAAGCGAAAAGAAGAACUGAUCGCCAGCAUCCGAGCAAGACGAGAAGCCAUGGAUCUUGGGCGCCAGACGCAAGCCAAGGCACGUAGUCAUUUGCCCGAUGCGCAGGUGAAACUGGGCUCGAGUGUGAAGUUGCUGGAGCAGAACACGGACGAAGGCAAGGGCCAGAUCCGGCGGAUUGCGGAGGACCUGCUUGCCAUCUACCCCAUCGAACCGAUCCCUGACAAACCGCUGGCUUUCACCAUAGCUGGACUGGCCUUGCCCAACUCGAACUUUACCGACGUCGACCGUGACGCCGUUGCAGCGGCGCUGGGGUUCACCGCGCACCUGGUUUACCUGCUGUCCUUCUACCUUUCCAUCCCUCUACCGUACCCGAUCAACCCGAAUCUAUCAAAUACGCUGAUCCAGGAUCCGGUCUCUGCCUCGCUGCCUCAGCGGACGUACCCGCUCUACCCGGUGAAUGUGCAAUACCGGUUCGAGUACGGAGUGUUUCUGCUGAACAAGGACAUCGAGUUCUUGCUGAACAAGCAAGGCCUUCGGGUGCUCGAUAUCCGGCAUACCUUACCCAACCUAAAGUAUCUGCUGUAUGUGCUCACGGCUGGGACGUCGGAAAUCCCCUCGCGCAAAGCUGGGGGCAUUCGGGGACUUCUCCCUGGAAGGCUGACCCCGAGCCUGUCUCGACGAGGGAGCGAGGCCAGCAGUACGAAUGGCGAGGUAGUGUUGGCCCGCAAGGUUCUGGGCCCGGUCUCGAAAGCAAACGGGGAGAUGACGCCCGACAAAGGCAAGCGAGCCAUGUCGAGCAUUGCCGACGCGGCGUCGUCGGUGGCCUGAACGCCCGUUUUCCCCGGAUCUGAUUUAGCGUUGUGAUUUGCUUACGCAUGACAGGAUCAUGUUCUAUUGCUGAGUGGUUGGUAAUCUGUAUUUUUGUGUUUUCCUUUUCUUGUCCCGAGUGUGAUGCAUUGUAGCCCAUGUUUGGAGUAGAGCGUGUGUGUUGGUAUUUUGAUUUCUUCUUCAUCUUCUUUUCUUCUUCUUCUUCUUCUUCUCCUUCUUUUUCUCUUGUGUGUUUGUGUCUCACCGCACAGUCGAGUGGAGUCGUGUCUACUAGUCCCUAUCUUCUUUUUCUUCCUCUCGCCCGCUUAUCGGCUUAAUUUCCUGGUACUCCGUCGGAGGCUCGGGUCGUCCGUGUACAUAGCUUUCUCGAACCCACCCCGAAUCCAGUUCUGCUUGGCUGUAGCCAGACACCGCGCCUGUUAGCGGGAUGAGCGGAACCCACUGACCACCAAGAUC